AUAUAGAUUAAAAAGAGAAAUGAAGUUAUACAUUUUUUAAAUAGUUUUCAGCCUCCUAACGCAGUUAACCUUGCGUUCAACUUCCAGAACUUUGUAUCUGCAAAGAGUUUUGAAAUAAAAUCCUUUAAUCCUAUAUUUCCUAUUUUUAUCACCUAAGAACCUUUGACCAUGAGUCUGGACUACACAAAUUGGAUGCUGAAUAGGCUGGCGGACUUUUACCACUCGAUCUACUUCUACGUGACGCUCUUCUCGCUGGGCUACUGCUACAUAUUGUUGCAGGCGCGAGAGAGGAUGUAUCAGAUGGACCUGUCCUGGGGGAGGAUCACACUGGUCUACAGCUGCGCUGGGAUUUUGGUGCUGGUGCUAACCCUGGUGAUUUACUACGCCUGGAAGGCCAUUGAGCUGAUUUGGCGGCAAUAUUGCAUACACAACCGCGUCUAUCAACGCACUCGAUACCUGUUUAACUUGUACAGAAUGCAGCAAGUCGGCGGUAAAUCGAAGUAGUCUGGCAUUAUGAUCUGAUUAAGCCACGAAUUGCUUUCAAUAAAUUAAUCAGUUUGGCUCUAAAUGGCAGCAGGGCGGGUGCUGGUGCAGCUUUAUGCAAAUCGUUUAAUCAAAAUGUAAAUGCAAAUGGGAAAAAAUUAAAAUGUUCUCUCGUCAGAAGUCGCGCAAACAGACAUUUUGUAAAUAUUAUUAUUACA